AUGUGGCAAAAAAUUACUGGGCGACCUUCUAUAUCAAGUUUAAGUAUUUUUCGGAGAACAACAAGAGGAAUAACUAAUAUUCCAAAAAGGAUAGAAAUCUCAGAAACGUCCGAUAUUGAUUUAUUUAAACCUGGAAAAACUUACCAUGGGUUUCUAGCUAAAUACGUCCAAAAUAUUCCGGAAUUUCGAAUAACGGCGGUUUAUUUAAUUCACGAGAAAACCAAGGCGCAAUAUUUACAUUUGUAUAGAGAUGAUUGUAACAAUGUAUUUUCAAUUAAUUUACGUACAACACCUAUGGCGAGUACUGGGCUACCGCAUAUUCUAGAACAUACAGUAUUAUGUGGAUCUGAAUCGUUUCCAGUUAGAGAUCCGUUUUUUAAAAUGUUAAAUAGGUCUUUAGCUACUUUUAUGAACGCCAUGACAGCAUCAGAUUACACUAUGUACCCUUUUAGUACUCUAAACUACUCCGAUUAUAGAAAUUUGCAAAAGAUCUACUUAGAUGCAGUGUUUAGACCACAGUUGAAAGAGCUCGAUUUUAUGCAAGAAGGCUGGAGACUCGAAAAUACCGAUCCGACUAAUAAAAAAAGCGAUAUUACCAUAAAAGGUGUCGUUUAUAAUGAAAUGAAAGGCGUAUUUUCGGAAAAUGAAAAUAUUCUCGGUCAGAAAUUGCAAAAUUUGAUAUUACCGGAUCAUACGUACGGUGUUGUAUCUGGAGGCGAUCCGCAGGAAAUUCCAAAUCUUACUUGGGAUGAUUUGGUAAUGUUUCAUAAAAAACAUUAUCAUCCUAGUAAUUCACGAAUAUAUUCUUACGGCAACUUUCCAUUAGCUCCUACUUUGAAAUACAUCGAUAGCGAGUACUUAAGCAAAUACGCAUUUUCACCACCUACUCAUACUGUGGUACCUAAUCAAAAACGAUGGACUUCUCCGAAACGAGAAGAUAUAUUGUGCAGAUAUGACAGUUUAGGUGAACCAAUAAUCAAGCAGAAUACUAUUUCGAUUUCGUUUUUAGUCACAGAUACAACAAAUAUUUACGAUACUUUUGUCAUGCAUUUUUUGACAGAACUUUUAAUUAAAGGACCAAAUUCUCCGUUUUAUAAGAGUUUGAUUGAGCCUAAUUUCUCAGGAGGUUUUACAGCAUCAACCGGAUUCGAUAACCAACCUAGAGAUAGUAUAUUCACUGUAGGUCUUCAAGGUGUAAUGAAAAGUGAUUUUGAGAAAGUUAUAAAAAUUUUCGACGAAACAAUUGAUAACGUAAUAAAAAAGGGUUUCGAACCUCAACACAUUGAAAGCGUUUUGCAUCGUUAUGAACUAUCUAUAAAACACGAAACCAAUAAUUUCGGAUUAAAUUUAUUAUUCUCUGUUUCGUCCUUAUGGAAUCACACAGAAAACAUUCUAGGCCAUCUUCAUGCUAAUAAAUUAAUCGAAAAAUUAAAAUCAGAUCUAAAUAAAGAUCCAAACUUCUUGCAAAAUCUCGUACAAAAGUAUUUUAAAGAAAACAACCACAAACUUAUCCUUACAAUGACCGCGGAUAAAGAGUUUGAUACAAAAUUGUCAAACGAAGAAAAACAGUUAAUAAAAAAUAAAAUUAAAGGACUAUCUGAAAAAGAUAAACAAAUCAUCUACGAGAAAGGCUUGGAGUUGCAGGCUCAGCAAAAACAACUAUCUAAGACUGAAUUGUUACCCACUUUAGCUAUCGACGAUAUUAGUUCCGAAUUGGAGAAAGUAGAAAAAAUUAAAAUUUCCCUAAACAAUGUCCAAACUCAAAUCAACAAAGUAAACGCAAAUGGAAUAGUAUACUUCAAAGGCAUCCUCAACACUAACGAUCUUUCUCCUGAACAACAAAUGCUUUUACCUCUGUUUUGUUAUGUGAUACAUAAAUUAGGAACUGAUAAAAUGGAUUUCAAACAAUUCGACAAUUUAGUAAGCAGGAAAACUUCCGGUUUGAACUUCAACAGCCACAUCGGUGAAAGUUUAUUCCAUCUUCACACAUACGAACCAGGUUUAUAUAUCAGCAGUUAUUCCCUAGAAAAGAACGUCGAAAGUAUGUGGGACAUUUGGAAUCAAAUAUUCACUAUUAAACAAAUGAAGGACGUGCAACGAUUUCAAAUGCUGGUUCAACUUUAUAUGUCCAAUUUGACCCAAGGUAUUGCCGAUGCUGGACAUAUUUAUGCAAUGCAAGCUGCGUCGGGUCUGGUUUCUGGAUCUGGAUAUCAAGUUGAGUUACUGUCUGGAUUGCAUCAUAUAUCGUACAUGAAAAGACUGUUACACACUUCUAAUUAUAGAGCGAUGCUGGACGAGAUCGUAAAUAUAGCCAGAAUACUGUUUGACAGGAACAAAAUGAGAGUCGCGUUAAACAUUUCACCAGAAAAUCAAACGAAGAUACUCGAUACUUAUGAAAGCUUUGUCAGCAAUCUACCCGAGGCAAUUAAUUGUCAUGUACAGAGCGAUACCAGCUACGUUACCGGUAAAGUUUGGUGUCCAACGGAUUCUGUAAAUUGUCAACAUCACGUUUUAAAUAUACCUGUAAACUAUUGUAGUAAAGCCGUUCUUACGGUACCUUAUACUCAUCCGGAUUUCGCCAAAUUGAGAGUUCUAGCAAGGCUGUUGUCUUCUAAAUAUUUACACCCAGAACUCAGAGAAAAACAAGGAGCUUAUGGCGGCGGCGCGAGAUUAAUGAGCGACGGAGUAUUUUCUUUCUACAGUUAUAGAGAUCCUCGUAAUUUGGAAACUUUAGACGUAUUUGACAGCUCUUAUAAAUGGUUCAAUAGCGAAAUCGAUAAACUUUCUAAUCAAGAUAUUUUCGAAGCUAAAUUAGGCGUAUUUCAGUCGGUCGACGCCCCCAUACCGCCUAGUCAAAAAGGUUGCGAGGAAUUCCUGAAAAGAGUCACUCCGGAUAUAAAACAAAGGCACCGGGUGGAAUUGUUGAGCGUGAACAAAAACGAUUUAGGCGAGGUAGCCGAGAAUUAUUUGGGACCCAGCAAUUGUUUGAAAACUGGAAAAGUCGUUAUAGGCGCCAAAAGUGAUAAAAUGGAUGUUCGUAAGCGCGACGAAGAAUUAUGGACAGUUAUGGAGAAUAUUGUAUAAAUUUUCAUUAUAGUGUUUGGAUUAGCUUUGUUGCAAUUAGGGGUGGGCAAAUAAUCGAUUUUUUUAUUUUGAUAGUCGCCCAACCGUAAUUUCAAUAUUAAAACUGUUUUUCUUUUGUUAAUAUAUAUUUUUAACAGGA